AUGCUAUGCAACCCGAUCUUCAAGCAGCACGUGUGGGGCCAAGUCCAUCACGCGCGGCGCGAAAAGCUCAACGACCUCCACGCCAAGCGCCAAGAACGCAAACGGUCGAUGCUGCAAACGAGCGCCGCUUCGAUCCCCGAGGACGACGACGACGACCCGCCGCCGCCGCGCCCCACGAUUCAGCCCCGCACACCGACCAAGAGCCCGCCACGGUCCCCGAAAAGCAGAGACCCGACCAUUCACAGCCGGUCGCCGGCCAACCCGCUGGCGCACAUGGCGUUCAAGUCGAUGCGGUCGACGCGCGGCCGGUCGCCAUCGCGGAUGGCGCCGAGCGAGCGCACAGAGAACGAACGCGCGGUCGCGACCAAGUCGUCGGGCCCGCCGUCCUACGAAGCGAGCUUUCGACGGUUUGCCAAGCGCACGCUUCGACGCAAGUACACAAGCUCUGUGAUUGCCGGUGCGGUACUUCUAGACACGGUCGUUAUGGCGUUGGACUCGACGGGCAGUACGGUCUGGGGCGUCCUGGAUUUUUUGUUUACGCUGGCCUUUGCGUCCGAGCUCGCGCUGCGCAUCAGCGUCCACGGCGCCUUCCGCGGCCACCACCCUUUUUUUCGCGACAAAACCGCCGUCGUUCAGUUUCUUGUCGUGACUGCAAGCCUUCUCUCGUUCUGCGUCUUGGGCUUUGGCACGCUCUCGCAGUGGCGUGUGCUCCGGGGAUUGAAAGCGUACCGGUGUUUCACGGCGGUUCAUGGCAUCAAGCGCAUCAUCUCGGCCAUCACCAAGGCGAUCCCGCUUCUGGCCAAUGUUGGCGUCCUCGCCUUCUUCUUCCUUCUCAUGUUUAGCAUCCUUGGCCUCGAGGCCUUUCCGAGUGUUUACGACGGCAUGUGCGCCGUGGAUGGCACGCCCGACACGACCCUCUUAACGAACGACACGCGCCUCAUGUACCCCGUGGUUUACUGCAGCACCAACGCCGGGUGUCCGCCGAGCUUUGUCUGUGCCACGGUGGACAGUUCCGAGAACAACCACUUUCACUCGUUCCAGAACGGGUUCGCAUCCUUCCUCCUCGUCUUCCAAGUCAUGGUUCUCGACGGCUGGAUCGACUCGAUCAUGGACCCGGCGCUCCAAACGACGUCCGGCGUUGCGCUGCUCUUCUUCAUUAUGAUCGUCUUCCUCCUCGUAUUUCUCGUGCUCAACCUCUUUGUGGCCGUCAUCACCACCGCCUUCAUGGGCCACGACGACGACAGCAGCAACGCCGAGCCAACACAUGCGGCGCCGCGCGGCCAGCUCGACAUGCGCAAAAUGGACAAGGAAGACGAAGAACAGCACCUGUACAUGGUCCUUGGCACGACGAUGGCGGUCGAACAAGCCAGCAAUACAACGCCCCACGACGUGCCACCGCUGCCACCGCUGCCGUCGGCGCUGAGCGAGUCGGACGACGCGACGAGUCGACGCACAAGCAACACGACGACCGACGGCGAGCUGACGCGCCGCAUGUUUUCGUCACUGUCGCUGCCGACCGAGACAGUGACGAGCUUUGUGAGCUCGCGGGAUAUUUUUGCGCCGGUCCACGAGUCCGCUGAAGAAGCCUUUCGACAAAAGCUCGCCUCUGUGCCCGGCGUCUCGGGGCGCCUGCGCCGGUUCAUCUUGUCCGAGACGUUUGCGGACCUCGUCAUGCUGUGCAUCAUUGUCAACACGCUCGCGCUCAUGACCGAGUACCCCAACAUGGGCGAACCGUGGCAGACGUUCUUUGACGAUGUGGAAUUUUUCUUCUCCGGCGUGUUUAUAAUCGAGGUGUUGCUCAAGUUUUAUGCAUUCCAGAGCAUUCGCUUGUUUCUGAGUGCAUACGAGCGCUGGUUUGACGCGAUCGUCGUGGGUACCAGCUGUCUCAAGGUCACCAACGACGGCGAUUUGAACACGCUGUCGUGGAUGGACAAUGUGUCCAUUUUGCGCACGCUGCGGAUUGGCCGGCUCAUGUGGCGCUGGCAAGGCACGCGGAAGCUCAUCGAGUCGGUGCUCAAGUCGAGCCGCGCCGUCUUCAACCUCUUUGUGUUUCUCUUGCUCAUUCUCAUCGUGCACAGCGUGCUGGCCAUGCAGCUCUUCGGCCUCGAGAAGGACAUGCCGCGACGCAACUUUCAAGGGUUCUGCUUUCGGGCGACGCGUGGGCCGACGUGA